GGUCGAUUGGGAGAUUUCCUACUUCGGUAUUGAGAGACGUUGUGAGUAGGUAUGUAGCAGUACUAAAUACUGUAAUCGAUAGUUCCAGAGCGCAUUUGACCUUUUGCGUCACAGUUCAUACUACUAUAUGGCACAUCCCGUUGACAGUUCGCCCUGGGCUAAUCGAUAUCAGGAAAUUUGAGACAUCAGACCUCCGAUUUAUGCGAUAGUCAUGAUUUUGUCGUGUUUGCGCAUGUUUGAGCAGUAUGUGGGUAGCAAGGUACGAGAGAAAUCCCGGCUGUUAAUCAUAGAAUGGAUUGGAAAUUAGAAAGGACGUACAAUAUCAUAUCUUGAAUAAGUCUGCUCCUGAUUUCUCUGAUACACUUUGCGUUUUGCUUUCAUAGAAUAGGUGGUGAUUUGGGCCAAGUUAUCAAGGCGAUUGAGAAAUUCAAGAUGAACAUGGAUAUGGAAAUGGAAAUGGAAAUGGAUAUGGAUAUGGGUAUGGACAUGUCUUCCAGCGCUGCGAACAUGUCUUUAUCCCAUACUCCCUGUAAGAUGUCCAUGCUCCUCAACUUCCACACCACAUCAACCUGCUAUCUCCACCCCUCACUCCAAGUCCACACAUCCAUCCAAUUCCUCCUCAUUUGUCUCUUUUCCUUCCUCCUCCCUAUACUCCUCGAAACAACCCGUCGUUAUCAACGUACCUACGACCGGUAUCUCCGUUCCAAGUACGCGUAUCAUGCCCAGAAGCAAAAGUCCCUUGACACGGCCGAUGAAGACGAAGAGGACAAACUUCUCCUCGGACACAAUGACGAUUCCAAGAUUGGAGAUAGAUUUGGAUUCUUGAGGUGGAACUGGAUGCCCAUUGCACGGAUUUCAGCCGAGGUCCGGCAGCAAGUUUUGAGAGCGGUAAUUUAUGGAAUGCAGUUUGCCAUUUCUUAUACGGUGAUGAUGAUGUGGAUGUAUAGUAACGGAUAUAUCAUAAUCUGCAUCCUACUAGGUGCAAUAACGGGAUUCGGAAUGUUCACGCGUGAUAUGCUGGAGGUUUCUGGCUACACACAUGUAGACGAGGGUGAGAAUGAUGGGAGAGGAGAGAGUUGUUGUUAGAUCGGGGAGAAGGAACUUUGAAUAGGUUAUUUGGGAAUAUGAGGUGAUGAAGUGAUAAUGUGAUUCAGAUUCGGAGUUCGGAGGGAGGGGCGAGGAAGGAAAAUAGUCGGCGAGAAGUCGAAGAGAGGACA